AUGGCGGCGCCCUCGAACACCGUACCCGUGCCUUCUCAAAUCAACAGCGAGGUCAGCUUCUUCGCGUACCUCCGAGAGGUCUUAUCGGGGGCGGCCACGUCGUCGGAGGAGGUGCCUGUAGCCGUUGCGUUGGAAGCGGCUCACCUGGUGGAGGAAUUCCCCGUUGUCGGAAUCGUAUGCAAGACCUUCCUGGCCUUCGAGCAGCUUGCGGAAACGGCCAGGAGCAACAAGGACGACCUCGCCACUCUCCGCGAGUUGUGCUGCGUGGUAGUCACAGAGGUCCUGGACAAACGCUCAGACCGCUCGGGGCUGUCCAAGGGGUUUGAGGCGCUCGAGAAACACGUGAAUAAAGCGGAGGAGGUCGCUCAGCUCUGCAACAGCGGCGGACGUCUAAAACGGCAAGUCUUGGCUCGCAGGAUCUGCGAGGACAUCGUCUCUGUCAUGAAUGACGUCGUGGAAUUCUGCGCGGCAAACAACGUCCCUAUCAGCAAUGAUACUCAUGCCAAAGUCGUCAAGUUAGGGGUGACCUUGGAUGACAAGAUUGAGGCGACUCAGAGGCUCACGAUGACACAGGCAGACCACGAGGCCGAGGAGAAGGAGAUGGAGGACUUGCGCAGGGCGGUCGAGACCAAAGAUGAGGUUUCGCCAAACCUUAAGGCGGGGCGGUGCAGCGGCCAGGAGGCCUCGGCCACUAUGCAAACAGAGCUCGAGUCUGGCGCUGGGGUAGUAAAUAGUAUCGGAGAACCUAUCGGGGAUGAAAAUAACUAA